AUGUUGCGACUUCCGCUCCGCAGGGCCUUAGCUGGCGUGGCUCAGUCCACAAAAGGAUGUGCGCGCACGACGGCAACUGCGGCCAGCAACUUGAUUGAAGUGUUCGUUGAUGGGCAGCCUGUCAUGGUGGAGCCUGGGACCACGGUGCUCCAGGCAUGUGAAAAGGUUGGCAUGCAGAUCCCUCGCUUCUGUUAUCACGAAAGGCUGUCUGUUGCUGGAAACUGCAGGAUGUGUCUUGUGGAGAUCGAGAAAGCCCCUAAGCCUGUAGCGGCGUGCGCCAUGCCAGUAAUGAAGGGCUGGAACAUACUGACAAACUCUGAGAAGUCCAGAAAAGCCAGGGAGGGUGUGAUGGAAUUCUUAUUAGCAAAUCACCCACUGGACUGCCCCAUCUGUGACCAGGGAGGUGAAUGCGAUCUGCAGGACCAGUCGAUGAUGUUCGGCACCGAUAGAAGCAGAUUUUUAGAAGGAAAACGGGCUGUGGAAGAUAAGAACAUUGGCCCUCUGGUGAAGACCAUCAUGACUAGGUGUAUCCAAUGUACCCGAUGCAUCAGGUUUGCCAGCGAGAUUGCAGGAGUAGAUGAUUUAGGAACGACAGGCCGAGGAAAUGAGAUGCAAGUUGGCACGUACAUUGAGAAGAUGUUCAUGUCUGAGCUGUCCGGGAACGUGAUCGACAUCUGUCCCGUGGGGGCCCUCACCUCUAAGCCCUACGCUUUUACUGCUCGUCCCUGGGAGACCAGAAAGACAGAAUCCAUUGAUGUGAUGGAUGCGGUUGGCAGUAAUAUUGUGGUAAGCACAAGGACUGGAGAAGUGAUGAGGAUUUUGCCAAAGAUGCAUGAAGACAUAAAUGAAGAGUGGAUUUCUGAUAAAACUAGAUUUUCCUACGACGGAUUAAAACGUCAGCGACUUACCGAACCAAUGGUCAGAAACGAAAAGGGGCUUUUGACGCACACCUCGUGGGAAGACGCCCUUUCCAGGGUUGCCGGACAGUUGCAGAACGUUCAAGGCAGUGACGUAGCAGCAAUUGUUGGUGGUUUGGUGGAUGCUGAAGCCUUGGUAUCCCUCAAAGACUUACUUAAUAGACUAGACUCUGAUGCACUUUGCACCGAGGAGGUCUUCCCUUCUUCAGGAGCCGGCACAGACCUGCGCUCCAACUACCUCCUUAAUACAACAAUCGCUGGUGUGGAGGAAGCGGAUGUGGUGCUUCUGGUUGGCACAAAUCCACGCUUUGAGGCUCCGCUGUUUAACGCAAGAAUUCGAAAGAGCUGGCUCCACAAUGAGCUGCAAGUGGCUCUUGUAGGGACUCAAGUAGAUCUGACUUACCGAUACGAUCAUCUGGGAGAUUCCCCCAAGAUCCUGCAGGACCUUGCUUCCGGAAGCCAUCCGUUCAGCCAGGUCCUGAAGCAAGCCAAAAAACCGAUGGUGGUUUUAGGCAGCUCGGCCCUCCAACGCAGCGACGGAGCCGCCGUCCUGGCCGCCGUCUCCACCCUGGCCCAGAGUGUCCGCGCCAGCAGUGGAGUCGGCGAGGACUGGAAGGUUAUGAAUAUCCUCCACAGGGUGGCAAGCCAGGUCGCGGCUUUGGAUCUCGGUUAUAAACCCGGAGUGGAGGCCAUCCGGAAACACCCACCCAAAGUGUUGUUUCUCCUGGGAGCAGAUGGAGGCUGCGUUACUCGCCGGGAUUUGCCCAAAGAUUGCUUCAUCAUCUACCAAGGACAUCACGGUGAUGUGGGAGCCCCCAUGGCUGACGUGAUUCUCCCAGGGGCGGCUUACACGGAGAAGUCCGCCACGUACGUCAACACCGAGGGGAGAGCUCAGCAGACCAAAACCGCGGUGACCCCGCCAGGCCUGGCCAGAGAAGAUUGGAAAAUUAUCCGCGCUCUUUCCGAGAUAGCCGGCUUGACCCUCCCGUAUGACACCCUGGAUCAAGUGAGAAAUAGAUUGGAAGAAGUGUCCCCGAAUCUGGUACGAUACGAUGACGUAGAGGGAGCCAAUUACUUCAGCCAAGCAAAUGAGCUGUCCAAGUUGGUGAAUCAGCAGCUGCUCGCCGACCCUCUUGUUCCACCCCAGCUCACAAUAAAAGACUUCUACAUGACAGAUCCCAUCAGCAGAGCCUCCCAGACGAUGGCCAAGUGCGUGAAAGCCGUGACGGAGGGGGCCCAGGCGGUGGAAGAGCCGUCCAUCUGCUGAGGCGGCCCGAGCGGACCUGAUCCCGGCGAGCAGUUCGUUGCUCGGGAUCACUCCCAAAGACAAAAUGCUGUUGCGACUGACCCCCCCAGAGGGUCACCAUGCUUCUGAAUGACGCGCUCUUUUAUUUAAAGCCGGGUGCUGUGCUUGUUCGGAAAUUUCCCGCCGCGCCCAAAGAGGUGGGAACGGUGGGCAUGGGGAGCGUUUGGUUGUGUACAAACGGCAUUAAAUUAAAUCAAUCAAUCAAUCAAUCAA